ACAAUUUGGUGAUUUGCAUGUGAUUCGAGCCUGUGAUUUUUGAUCUACUGGCGCCAGAAGAAACAAAUUCGAGAAGGAGAAUCGAUGAAGAGGAUGCAACAUGAUUUCUGUGAGAGUUUCUUGGCGGUUAAGCGCAAGGUUCAGGGUUACCGGGACGGCGGCAGUGGCGUUUUGUUGUGGGCCCUAUUUGCUUGUAUAGGUAUUUGUGGCUCAAGACGUGGGAUACCAGGCCUAGAAACAGUGGCUGUAUCUCCGAUUGUAGCCGCUUGCUCCCUUGGUCCGAAGAAGAAUAAUAGCUAUGUUCGAAGGGAGAUGAGUCAAAGAGAGGGAAACAAGAAUACUGACAUCAGUGUCUGUUUCAUUCUAGACGGGACGAGUCGAACAAUAUAUUGCUUUCAUUCUAGUAUUCUCCCAGGUAGCUACGUUGUUUGGUGUCUGAAAUGCAACUUGUUAUACGGCCAAGAAUAAAAUAUAAUUUUAUAAAAUUCGAAGGCAGUCUCUUAGACCAACGAGAAGACACAAGAUAAUAUAAACUAUUAUAUAACUACCUACAGCCGUUGUAUUGAAACAGUGUCGUUGGAAUGCAGAAUGUGAGGAACAUGCAUUUCUACAAGAGUAUGAGCAUGACCCCUAGGCCUGAGUUCUUCAUUCCUCUGCCAUGACAUUUUUGAUACAAAUAG